AGUGAAGCUUUGCCUCCUAGUUUUUGUUGGGACCUGGACCUGGGAGAAGAAUCACCCCGCAGAGGGACCGAGGAGGACUAACAGAAGAAACAAGCCUCCACCAUGGAAAUGUAUGAGGCUGCUGUUUAGUCGUCAACAAUGCAAGCGGACGUGCUUUCACCGUGAAUCCACCCGUGGAGGUUUUCGUGUGGUAGAGUAACAUUCCCCCUCCCUCAUCAUGCUGAGCUUCCUGCGCAGGACGCUGGGGCGACGCUCUAUCCGGAAACAUGCAGAAAAGGCCCGGUUACGGGAGGCCCAGCGAGCUACAACACACAUCCCUGCAGCCGGGGAAGCAAAGUCUGUCAUCACAUGCCGAGUUUCCUUGCUGGACGGGACAGACGUCAGUGUCGACCUGCCGAAAAAAGCCAAAGGUGAAGAGCUGUUUGACCAGAUCAUGUACCAUCUGGACAUUGUGGAGAAAGACUACUUCGGACUGCGCUUCAUGGACUCUGCACAAGUACCACACUGGCUGGAUGUUACAAAAAGUAUCAAAAAGCAAGUGAAAAUCGGCCCGCCUUACUGCCUUCACAUGAGAGUUAAGUUUUACUCCUCAGAACCAAACAACCUCCACGAGGAGCUCACCAGGUACCUGUUUGUGUUACAAUUAAAGCAAGACAUCCUCAGUGGCAAGCUAGAGUGUCCAUUUGAAACAACAGUGGAGCUGGCUGCCUUUUCUCUACAAGCUGAGCUUGGUGAUUGCGACCCACUGGAUCAUAACCUGGACCUGGUGUCAGAGUUUCGCUUCGUUCCCAACCAGACAGAGGAUGUAGAGCUGGCGAUAUACAACGGAUGGAAGGAGUGCAGAGGUCAGACACCAGCCCAAGCUGAAAUCAACUACCUGAAUAAGGCCAAGUGGCUUGAAAUGUACGGUGUGGACAUGCAUAUGGUCAAGGCAAGAGAUGGUAAUGAAUACAGUCUGGGUUUGACACCAACUGGGGUUCUGGUGUUUGAAGGACAAACCAAGAUUGGACUCUUCUUCUGGCCGAAGAUCACUUGUCUGGAUUUCAAGAAGAGCAGACUGACGCUCAUAGUGGUAGAAGAUGAUGAGCAGGUGAAUGGCAAAGAACAGGAGCACACCUUUGUGUUCAGGAUGGAUCACCCUAAGGCCUGUAAGCAUCUGUGGAAGUGUGCUGUGGAACAUCAUGCUUUCUUCAGGCUGAGAGGGCCGGUACACAAGAACUCUGCACGCUCCGGAUUCAUCCGCAUGGGAUCACGCUUCAGAUACAGUGGAAAGACUGAGUAUCAGACAACCAAGGCAAAUAAAGCCAGGAGGUCAGCGUCUUUUGAGAGAAGGCCCAGCCGCCGUUACUCCAGGAGGACCAUGCACGGCAGAGGACCAUUUCAUCAUCAUCAUGAGGCUCUUUCCUCUGGCAAUGGAGUCAGCUCUGGCAAAGAAAACAAGGUUUCCUCCAGUAGAGGUGCUUGGUCAGCCGUGCCUGUGGUCAGCCCUGUAGCUGCUUCUGCUUCUGCUUGUGCACCAAUGGAAAUCGAGGCUCUACCCAGGAGUCCAGGAGGAGAAAAGAGAAGUGUUCCUUUAGUUCCUGACUUGAUGGAAACGUGCAUUGAUGAUGUCCUCAGGACUCCUGUGGUUCCACCAGUAGCAGCUGCAGAGGAGCCUGGACCAAGCACCACCUAUGUUCCCCCGAUAGUCACAGGGGAAGAUCCCGUCAGUCUCUCUGAAGCAUCAGCUCGUCUGAAACAGCUGGCCCUGGAGAGCAGUCCACUUCCUGCUACUCCGAGAAAUAACAUCAAUGUGAAUGUGGCCAUGAAUAAUCAGGAGGAUGUGGUGAAGCUCACAGAGAAGUGUGGUCUGAGCAGUGCAGGCAGCAGUCCAGUUGUCACCCCACUGCGCACCCCAGAGGAUCUGAAGAGCAACAUCCUGAAAGCACAGGCUGAGGCUGCUGCGCUCAAGGGAUCUGCAGAGGAACAUGUCACUGUGGCUGCAGAUAAAAACUGUAACCUGCAGGAGGCUUCUUCCAGGCUGAAAGUGCGCACUGGGAGAAUGGGAAGCAACUCGUCUCUGUCCGUUAGCAGCCGAUCUGACAUUCAAGACUCCUGGGACCUUCUCAAGCCAGCACCACUGGUCUCAUCAGCAGGGGCCAGUGCUGAGGGUGUAGCUGAAGAUCUGAACCCCUCUGUUCCCAAGAUCCCUGCUGAAUCUGCUCCUGAAGUCAUGGCUCCAAAGGCCAAAGCAGAGGAGGUUGACCUGCCUAUCACCGCCCCCCUGUCUGACAACCUCAUUGAUUUCACUGAUCCGACUCCUGUGCCACCACCAGUGCAGCAGCCCAAACCUCUCAUCACACCUCGCUGGAUCAUUCCUACAAAUACUCCCUCUGGCGUUUUUACUAACGGCCUACUUGACCUCGACCCCCCUGCUAAGAUCAACCCUCCGCUGCCUGCAGACGGGGGAGCCGCUCUCACCCCAGCCCUCCCCCUCCUCGCUCACACACGCAACACCAUCUCUGCCAGCCCUGUGGUUCAGCAGCCAGCUUCAGAGGAUGGAGCCAAACCCAGAGGUCUCCUGACCACUGAGCUCUGAUGAAGAAACACGUAGCAGACAUCACAGCAAUCAUCUUUUCUGAUCCCUUUAUCACGUCACCCCAUCGCCCAUAUCCACACACACACACACACACACACACACACACGAGCAGACUAGGCAGACCGUGCUGAACUCUGAGGGUCUAAAGGAAAGUGGAACCCGGGAAAGGCUCCACAGACACUGCUCCUACACUGACUAAAGACUGAUUAAGUUGACCUUAGCGGGCAACAAAGUGAUCAGAACAUGAAAACAGUAUUCAAUGAUAACACGACACACAGCCUAGUUAUUAUGUAGCAGAUAACACAGACAUGUAGCUUCAGUAUUAACAUGAUGUGAGUCUUAUGUUACCUGCCAAUCACUCAAUCCAUCCACUCAUCAUCAAACCUCACUCUGAUGACACUGUACGGUACGUUUUAUGAAAGCAUCCACCACUGAAGUGUCGGCUGUCUCUCCUCCGUGCUGAAUCUUCACACCACUGGAUCCCUGCUACUCUGAGCUCCUCUGAUCACACAGCACACUGAGCUGCUGGAAUACACUGGAUGAUGGACUAUGAAGGAGAACGUGUGGAACGAACGUGACAGUGACUCUAAGUGUACAGUCAAAGAGAUAAAGACACCUGGACUCUUCACAUGAUGUAACACUGGACUGUCCUUUGAAGCACACUAUGAGACUUUUCUAUUUUAACCCACACGUGAAACUGAGCUGCUGGAUAUGAAGACGUCACUGGAUUAUCUUUGCAACACUGGAGUAUAAAAAAGGAAUCAAUUGACUUCUUAGUUUUUUCACCUUUAUGACCCAGCUCUUGUCUUUGAUGAUGUUUUAAAUCACUGAUUGCUGUACUUUUAAAUCCAUGAGCAGACGAGGAAGUGAUCAUGACUAACAGGAAGUACUUCUACGCCAGGUAAUGGGCAGUAUGUUAAUAUUUUUGUGAUCUUGAGCAGGAUAUGACACUAGUUUUCUCCUCCUGAAACCACUGCUUCCACCUGUGGCAUAUUUUGGUCUCGUGAAGUGUCUCACUUGCUGUUAAACCGCCAACUGUGAUCUCUUCCUGUGCACACUGUGUUUCUGUGUCCUGGGUUUUGGACGGUGAUUUGACCCCGUUGUAGAGGACUUGCUCCUGGUACUAACACGUUGUAGCCACUGCCCUGCCUUAUGAGAAACGAAUGUAUUCAAAUAGUCUCAUCUGAGAACGCUGGAGAUGCCACACUAGGAAACUUUCCCUUUAAGAGUUUUAUGUCCGUGUUUUCGUAUAAUCCAAAUUGCUGAUUUAUUUUAUGACCAGAGGACGAGCUGUGAAGUAUCAGAGAAGCCGGUUUUGUACAUGUGAAUUUGAGGCCUAAUUCUUUAUUUUUGUGUUAUUAAUGCAGCGUAUCACAUUGACUCUUAAAGAUAGACUUGUACAAGUUUUAUUUUUCAGUACCCAACACAGUAUAACCCUGAAGACUGGACCCUCAUGUAGUGGAGUAGUUCUCUCACUGUGAUGUUGACUCCAGUGUCUGUACUCAACAAGGGAAGCUGACUGUUUUAUGAUGUCUUAGCAGUGACGGUUAUUUAUGCUACUACUCCGUGUAAUUGUUCAAUCAUUGUCCAGAAGUGUUGUAGCGUACAGUUCUAAUGUAUUGUCAGUAUAAUGGCAUCGGCUGGCUGUAGAUACGAAGUAGAGUUAUAUAUAUUUUUGAAAAUGAUGUUGGCAGUAUUCUUACCACACACUGAGAAGAUUUCCACGUUAAGAUGUUUUCUAAUUACAGGAGAAGUAGAAGAUGCAUUACCGAUCAAACUGACUGGAAAACACUGAUUAUGUCUCAAAUGCAAUUUUAUAAAACUUUUAUUUUUUCUGGAAUAUCUGAUCAUGAUUCAGUAAAGCUUUGCUACAGUAGGA